AUGGAGAUUCGGAUAUUUACCUUCGCUGGAACUCAUAACAGUGCAGCCUAUAAUCUAAAAUAUGAUUGUGAUAUACUAGCCGAAGAUUGUUACCGUAGAGCCAAUUCAAAUUCAUGUAACCAACAAUAUGAAACAUGUAGUAAAAAUCGAACGGCAAGUUGCGAUAUUCAAACAAAUGUUUUUAAAAAUUGGGAACCUAAUUAUUUUCAUUGGACCUUUGAUUUGUUUAAUGCCAUUUGUAAAACGAGUGAUGUUUUAUGUGCUGCUUGGUAUACUGUAUGUAAAAGAACGAGAAAUGCAUGCGAAUUAGUAAGACAUGUUUGUAAAAAAGAUGUUCCUGAUCGGUCUUUAAAAUGUUUAUGGGAAAAUAAUGAUGGUUAUCCUAUUAGAAGGCAACUCGAAGAUGGAAUCAGAUUUUUGGAUCUUGAUACAUGUCAAGUGGGAAAUGAAAGUGUGGUAUUCUGUCAUGGAAUGGGUUCGUCACGUGCGUUAGGAGCAGAUUUAGAUUCAAUAUUUUUAGAUAUAAAAGAAUUUAUGGAAGAUAAUCCAAAUGAAAUCGUUAAUUUAGGAUUUGGUGAUUAUGAUGGACCUAAUGCGACAUUUGUAGCUAAUUAUAUUCAAAACAAAUUAGAAUAUUAUUUUGUAAAUGAAUCUGGAUAUUCAUUAAUGCUACAAGAAAAAAGAGGAGAUGAUGGUCUUAUUAAAUGGCCAACAUUAAGAGAAAUGAUUAAAAUAAAUCAAAGAAUUGUUAUAUGGUUUGGUCGUUUAUACGGUUGGUUAGGUCCAUUGAAUAAUACACGCAAAGAUUGGGUACAUAAUAUUGGAUCUAAUUAUAUAGUAAGUUAUACUUAUACAGAGGGCGAUUUAACUGCUCAACAAUUAAAUGAAAGUUUUACUAAAUGGAGUAAUAAUUAUCAGAAUAUAAUUGCUGAUGAUUUAAAAAAUUUUGGAUAUAUUCGAUGGCAAACAAUUGAUGAUACAGUUGGAUUGGUAUUAUCAGGACUAAAAGAAUCCAUAAAAAAUAAACAAAAUCCUGGUACUUUAUGUUUAAAAGAUUUAGCAAAUGCCAUUAAUUAUGAUUUAUUAGAUCAUUUUUUUAAUAUUUUUAAAGAUAAAUUUCCUUAUAUUUUCAGAGUAACUUUAGAUAAUUAUCCUCAAAGUAAUUUAUUUGAUGUGGUUAAUAAAUUAAAUCGAUUAAAUGUAGAAAAAUCUAAAACAAAUUAA